GCGGCGGAGGAGAGCUGAGGCAAUGCAGAGGAGGAAGCAGAGGAGGGGGGGCGAGGAAUUCACUUCUGUGUGUCUUUCUUGUCCUGCCAAAAGAGCAACAGCCCCACAGAGGAGGAGACGACACGCUUCCGAGAUGGUGCUGAUUUGUUUCCGUUACCUUUUACGGUAACGGUUUUUAACGGGGCUUUUUUAUUUUUUAUUUUAUUUUUUAACAACGGACUGACCAAACAAAUCACGGAGCGCUGAGUAGAGGACAGCCGGGGACGCUCAACACCGCUACCAGAGAUGUCCCUGCUGUGUGUGGGAGUGAAGAAAGCCAAGCUGGAUGGACCCCAAGAGAAGUUCAACACUUACGUGACUCUAAAAGUACAAAAUGUGAAGAGCACAACCAUCGCUGUCAGGGGCAACCUGCCCAGCUGGGAGCAAGACUUCAUGUUUGAAAUUAACCGCCUGGACCUGGGUCUGACAGUAGAGGUGUGGAACAAAGGAUUAAUCUGGGACACCAUGGUUGGCACUGUGUGGAUUCCACUUCACAGCAUCCGGCAGUCCAAUGAGGAAGGUCCAGGGGAGUGGCUCACGCUGGACUCUCAGGUCAUCAUGGCUGAUAAUGAGAUCUGUGGCACCAAAGAGCCCACCCUCCACCUGGUUUUACUCGAUACGCGCUUCGAACUGCCUCUAGAUAUCCCAGAGGAUGAAGCACGGUACUGGGCCAAAAAACUGGAGCAGCUCAAUGCCAUGAGGGACCAAGAUUACUCAUAUCAGGAGGAACAGGAACGCCCUCUGCGUGCGCCAGGAACCCAGUGCUGUAACUGGAGUCUGUGGGGAGACCAACAAAAUGAAGACCCAGAUAGUGCUGUGGAUGACAGAGACAGCGACUACCGCAGUGAAACCAGUAACAGCAUCCCCCCUCCCUACUACAGCACAUCCCAACCCAACGCCUCUGUCCACCAGUAUCCUAUCAGCCACCAGCACCGCAACUCCAGAAGCUUCUCUUACCCUCGCUCUGGCAACAGCCAUGACCUCGACUACCACCAUCAGAGGACUGUCAGUCCCACUGGGAGCUAUGCAUCAUCUGCAGAGCUCAGCCGGUGCAGCAGUCAGCUGAGCGAGGAAGACUAUGGUGGUGAGUACGGGGAGAGGGACCUUUACGAUGAGAAUGACUCCUACCAUUCCUGUCACUCCUCCGUUAGCUACAGUAAAGGCUCUCCAGACUGGGACCCUGAUGAGACCCAAGGGGCGUACAGCGAUGAAGGUGGCUACAGCAAAGAUGGAGGAGAAGAGGCUGCUCUGUAUGAGGAGGAUGACGGAGGACUGUUGUAUGAAGGAGAAGAGGAAGGCCUCUAUGAGGAUGAGGAGAUGAUGUAUGAUGAUGAGGAUUUGUACAAUUUGGAUGGGACCCUCAGUGAGGACAUGGAACCUCCCUUCACUCCCACUCCAACCUCAACUGCCCCUCCAGCACUUGAUGUACCCAACUCCAGGCCCCCUCUAGAGAAGCAAAACUCCCUACACCAACAGCAGCCUCCUGCUCAACCCUCUAACCAGUCCAACCAGGCUCAUUCUUCUGGUAUGGCACCAACAACACAGCCCCCUUCUGGUCAACAAACAGCCCAACCGCCUAAACAACCCCAGACCCAAACACAACCCCAGCCGCAGCCAGCUCCUUCUGCCACGUCCUUCUUCUCCAUGGCCAAACCUCUAACAGCUGCUGUCACAGGGUUGGCUUCCAGUUUCCUGUCUUCUGUCCCCACAGCCCAGCCAGCUCAGUCUCACCCUCCACCUUCAGCUGUAUCUCAGCAAAACCAUUCUGCUGCAGCUAACUCUGUCCCUCCAUCUCACCCAGCCACUUUGGCUAACUCAGCCCCUGCUGCGUCCCAGCCCCCUUCCAAAGCAAUGGGCCCUUCAUCUGAGCAGACCCCGUCUAAUCUCAAUGAUCCGGCGACCCAGUCAAUGUCAUUUGAAGACCAGGCACCCGUGGUUGAGGAGGAACCAUGGCUAGAGCAGGAAACAAUGCUGGAGAAGGAGGCCAGAACGCCUCCCGCACAGAAUGAAGAGAUGAUUCCCACGGAGCAGAAAGAGGAGAAUUUUGAAGAAAGCAGACCCGUGACCCCAGAUGAGGAAAAAGAGAUGCCACCUGAGAGUCCUCCAGUAACAGAGGAGCCCAAAGAGCCAGUUGAUCCAGCAGUUAGAGCCAAAGAGAACUGGCACAGACUCUACAACAAGGUCUUAGAACAACUCCGGGAGGCUCGAGGAGAGACGUCCAACUCGCUGUGGUUUGGUAAAGGAGGAAUGGGAGGUGCACUAUACAGUAUUGACAGCAUGCCCGACCUUCGCAAGAGAAAAGCCAUUCCUCUAGUCAGAGAUCUGGCGAUGUCUCUGGUGCAGAACUCACGUAAAGCUGGAAUCACCUCGGCCAUGGCCUCCACUACUCUCGGCAAUGAGGAGCUGAAGAUUCAUGUUUAUAAAAAGACCCUGCAGGCUCUGAUCUACCCCAUCUCCUCCACUACACCACACAACUUUGAGGUGUGGACAGCUACCACUCCCACCUAUUGCUAUGAAUGUGAGGGACUACUGUGGGGCAUCGCACGUCAAGGCAUGCGCUGCUCAGAGUGCGGUGUCAAAUGCCACGAAAAGUGCCAGGAUCUGCUCAAUGCCGACUGUUUGCAGAGAGCUGCAGAGAAGAGCUCCAAGCAUGGCGCAGAGGACCGGACCCAGAACAUCAUCAUGGUCCUAAAGGAUCGCAUGAAGAUCAGAGAGAGGAAUAAGCCAGAGAUCUUUGAGCUAAUCCAGGAAGUGUUUGCCCUCGACAAAGCAACGCAUGCCAUGCACAUGAAACAGAUCAAGCAAAGUGUGCUUGAUGGGACCUCCAAAUGGUCAGCAAAAAUCAGCAUCACAGUGGUGUGUGCCCAGGGCCUUCAGGCUAAAGAUAAAACAGGCUCCAGCGACCCUUAUGUAACUGUUCAAGUUGGAAAAACCAAGAAGAGGACAAAGACUAUCUAUGGGAACCUCAACCCUGUCUGGGAAGAGAGCUUCCACUUUGAAUGCCACAACUCAUCUGACCGCAUCAAGGUCCGUGUGUGGGAUGAAGACGAUGACAUCAAGUCUCGCGUGAAACAGAGGUUCAAACGUGAGAGCGAUGACUUCCUGGGUCAAACCAUCAUCGAAGUCCGCACUCUGAGCGGGGAGAUGGACGUCUGGUACAAUCUAGACAAGAGAACAGACAAGUCUGCUGUGUCUGGAGCAAUUCGGAUGCACAUAAGUGUGGAGAUCAAAGGAGAGGAGACGGUGGCUCCUUACCAUGUCCAGUACACCUGUCUGCAUGAGCAUUUGUUCCAGUACACAACUGAGGAGCAAAAUGGCGGUGUGGUAAAGAUUCCCGACGCCAAAGGAGAUGAUGCCUGGAAGGUGUACUUUGAUGAAACGGCUCAGGAGAUCGUUGAUGAGUUUGCCAUGAGAUACGGAGUGGAGUCCAUCUACCAGGCCAUGACCCAUUUUGCCUGCUUGUCAUCGAAAUACAUGUGCCCAGGAGUGCCAGCCGUGAUGAGCACACUACUUGCCAACAUCAAUGCUUACUACGCCCACACCACCCAGUCCUCCAACAAUGUUUCAGCCUCAGACAGAUUUGCUGCAUCAAACUUUGGAAAGGAGAGGUUUGUCAAACUGCUGGAUCAGCUGCACAACUCCCUGAGAAUUGACUUGUCCAUGUAUCGGAAUAACUUCCCUGCCAGCAGUCCUGAAAGACUGCAAGACCUCAAGUCUACUGUUGACCUUUUGACUAGUAUCACUUUUUUUAGGAUGAAGGUCCAGGAGCUGCAGAGUCCCCCAAGGGCAAGUCAGGUGGUUAAGGAUUGUGUAAAAGCCUGUCUCAACUCCACCUACGAAUACAUUUUCAACAACUGCCAUGACCUCUACAACAGGGAAUAUCAGACAGACCCUUCAAAAGCUGUCCCUCCAGAUGAGCAGGGUCCCAGCAUCAAGAACCUGGACUUCUGGUCAAAACUCAUCACCCUUAUUGUGUCCAUCAUAGAGGAGGACAAAAACUCGUACACUCCUUGCCUUAAUCAGUUUCCCCAGGAACUCAAUGUGGGCAAGAUCAGCGCUGAAGUCAUGUGGAACAUGUUUGCACAAGAUAUGAAAUACGCUAUGGAGGAGCAUGAGAAGCAUCGCCUGUGCAAAAGUGCAGAUUAUAUGAAUUUGCACUUCAAGGUGAAGUGGCUCUAUAAUGAGUACUGCAAAGACCUUCCCACUUUCCAGAAGCACGUACCUGAAUAUCCAGCCUGGUUUGAGCCAUUUGUCAUCAUGUGGUUGGACGAGAAUGAGGAAGUGUCCAGAGAUUUUCUCCACGGGGCUCUCGAGAGGGACAAAAAAGAUGGGUUCCAGGUAACGUCAGAGCAUGCUCUGUUCUCCUGCUCAGUGGUGGACGUGUUCUCUCAGCUCAAUCAGAGCUUUGAAAUCAUCCGUAAACUGGAGUGUCCCGACCCUCAGAUCGUUGGAAACUACAUGAAGAGAUUCGCUAAGACGAUUGGCAAUGUCCUGCUGUCUUAUGCUGACAUCAUAGCAAAAGACUUUCCAAAUCAUGUCAAGAAAGAGAAAGUGCCAUGUAUCAUAAUCAAUAACAUCCAGCAGCUCAGAGUUCAGCUGGAGAAGAUGUUUGAGGCCAUGGGAGGCAAAGAUCUCAAUGUGGAGGCCAGCGACUUCCUGAAAGAGCUGCAGAACAAACUGAAUAGCGUCAUGGAUGACCUCAGCCGCAUCUUUGCAGUCAGUUUCCAGCCGCAGAUCGAGGAUAACGUGAGGCAAAUGGGGGACAUCCUAGCCCAGGUCAAAGGUCAGACUGUCCCAGCAAAUGGCAGCGUAGUGCAGGAAGCUGACAAUGUCCUGCAACCCAUCAUGGACUUCCUGGACAGCAACUUAUCACUGUUUGCUAAGAUCUGUGAGAAGACGGUCCUGAAGAGAGUGCUGAAGGAGCUGUGGAAGCUGGUGAUGAACACGAUGGAAAAAACAAUCGUGCUUCCGACACUUACUGACCAGACGGGCACUCAGAUGAUCUUCAAUGCUGCAAAGGAGUUGGGACAGCUUUCCAAGCUGAAGGAACACAUGGGCCGAGAGGAGGCCAAGGCUCUGACUCCUAAGCAGUGUGCGGUAAUAGAGCUAGCGCUGGACACCAUUAAGCAAUACUUCCACGCUGGCGGUGUUGGCCUGAAGAAAACAUUUCUGGAAAAGAGUCCGGAUCUGCAGUCUCUGCGCUACGCCCUGUCUCUGUACACGCAGGCCACAGACAAGCUCAUCAGGAAGUUUGUCCUCUCGCAGAACGCUCAGGUCCAUGGAGGAAAAGGGAUCAGGUGCACAGCGAACGAAGACACACCACCAGAAAAAGCGUCUGGAGUGGAUGCAGUCGGUGAGGUGGUCAUGAAUGUGGACAUUUUACCCCAGCCUAAUGGAGAACACAAGAUCAGUGUGAAAGUGGUCGCUGCUAAUGACCUGAAAUGGAAAGCACAGGGCUUCAGGCCUUUCGUCGAAGUCUACAUCAUCGGCCCUCACCUGAGUGACAAGAAGAGGAAAUUUGCCACCAAGUCCAAGAACAACAGCUGGUCGCCAAAGUUCAAUGAGAGCUUCCAGUACUCGCUGGGCACUGAGGUCGGGCCGGAGAGCUACGAGCUGCAAGUGUGCGUGAAGGACUACUGCUUCGCCAGAGAGGACCGCACCGUGGGCAUGGCCGUGCUGCAGGUGAAGGACAUAGCCAACAAAGGCAGCGUCACCUGCUGGAUGCCGCUGGGCAGACGCGUCCACAUGGACGAGACGGGCCUGACGGUGCUGCGCAUCCUCUCUCAGCGCAACAACGACGACGUGGCGAAAGAGUUCGUCAAACUCAAGUCAGACCAGCGUUCGGCCGAAGAGGGCCGCAGCUGAGGCGAGGAAGAGGAGAGCGAGAGAGCACGUGUGCACAGAGACGUACCUGACCGGCAAAGUGUUACGCACACAUACUACUCACACCUGCAUAGUUAGACAACCACGUGCAAUACACAAGCACACACAUAAAAAUGCUCAGUUGUACAUAUCUCGCUUACAUUAUGCAACAUUUACAUCGCAAUGUUAUCAAUGCAAACAUGCAGGAAUAUGUUUAUAUGAAUCUCAUUAGUCAUUUCCCCCAAAAACUCCACUGAAGCCUCACAUCCCCAUCCCUCACUCACUCUUUCCUGCCACACGACGCCUUUUAUACGCCGCGCAUUUAGAUGUGAGAUAACGCUCAAUGCAUCGACAAGUCCAUGUGAAUAGGUUGAGAAUGACCACUUUGCACUUUGCUCCUCUGCAUAGCUACGUUCCAUUCAGCUUGUCCGUGCGUCCGUCUGCUUGCCUGCCUGACUGUGUGUCGUUCUUCCAGUCCGUUUCCCCGACCCUCGUUGUUUUGCUCUUUGUAGGCUUCCCACGAUGUGACGUAUUGUGUAAUUUGGAGUUCAGACACAGAUCUAAGAUCAGCCCUCCUUCCCCUCAAAAACAGAGAAACAAACAAAAAAAAAACACACUACACUGACCCUGGAUCAUCUGACAUCCAAGGUCAACAUCACUGCUAGUCCUGUAAUGUAAUCUCCUGCAUGUUGACCCCCAGGAACACUGUGAUUAUACCGUUCCCACUCCCAUGUUAAAGAUGGGUACCUCCAAUAUGUUGUCUGUGUGAGCAUGGUGCAUUUAACCCCGGUACGGUAAGGUUUUUAUAAAAUGUGACAUGACUAAGCAUUGUCAUCGUGGAGAAGACACACCACCAGUGGAUCCAUGACGUGCCAUGACGUGUGACGUGCCGUUAGGGGCAAAAGCCGCGGCCACACACAAUGUGCAGUUUUUAAAAUGUUUCUUGUUGCUUCACGUCACGACAAAACGGAGCAAUACCCCGACGUCUUACCUUCCCCUCCCCCCUGAAGAGUGCACAUUAAUUUUUUUAAAAAAGGGCUACAGGAUGGGUGGACUGGGAUGUCACUUCGUGCACUAACUCAUGCUGUCCGUGCUUCUGUUGCCCGCCUGCUUGUUCUGCCAUUUAAACCUUGAAGUGUCACUGUGGAGGAACUCGAAACAAAUAAAAAGGACACGUGGUGCCGAACAACCGCUCGGUGGAACACUUUCCUCCCGAUCGCCUGCACACGCAUCUGAACACAUCUGUUCAAGGCAAUAGUGGUUUGUUUCACCAACAAAGCUGGUGAAAACGCUUUUUGUUAAUGUAUGCGUGAAGGGGUGUGUGUUUGUGAGAGUGUGUGUGUGUGUGUGUGUGCCUGUGUGGGCUGAUAGUCACACCUGCAAAAUGGGCUGUGAGAUUGUGAGCAAUACAUUAUACCUACACACCCAAAACGUAUGCGCUGUCAAUAACUAACAGAAGCACCAACUGCACACUCUGCAUGAAAGGAAUGGGAAAGUUAUGAUCACGUGGUUUUUGUAACUCACUGAAAUAUUUUAUUUGUGGACUCAUAAAGUUCCCAUUCCUGUUGGAAGUGUGUAAUCUCUUUCUCACACGUUUUGGAUAAGAAACAAGGAACGUGUUUUACUUUUGAAUUACUGCUUUGCCUUCAGUAGGACCAAAUUUGCACGAAGCAGAGCUCAUGUUUUCUUUUUCUUUUUUUAUUCAAAGAAUGAAGCCAUCAGAGUCACCGCCAAGCAUUUAUGGUGUACGAUUGUCACUUUCAGUCAUGUGAAAAGGUGAGCAAACGCUUGCGGUCGCCGUCCGGCUCGUCUUGUAGUCUCUUUGUAAAACUGAGUGAUGUCAGUGACGCCGGGUAGGUUUUUGUUUUAACCCGGGCGUCACUGCUGGCCCUGUCACAUGUUGUCUUCACUUAACUGUUCAAAAACUACCAAAAACUAAUCGUCUGAAUGUUAUUCACUCUCAGCAGAGCCUUCUUUCUCCGAUCGUCGGGGUAGUUCAUCCCUAAAAGCACGUCUUUCUUGGGGAGACCAAAUCAUGCCUCUGAUUUAGGCCAUUAAAUUUCACCUGAGUCAUAAAAAUGACUUGAUCGUGCUUGAUUUUGCUGUUGCUGCCCAACAUUAAAAGGGGAACUCCACUGAUUUUUACUGUUACACAUGCAAAAAAAUAAAAAUAAAAAUCUUGCACAGAAAAAUCUUUGCUUAUUUAAAAAGAGGGAGAGGUGGGAGAGUCAGACCUGCUUAGUCCUGUCUGCUUGUGGCUUAAAGCUCCGCAGAGGGGGGAGAUAACUGAAAAACAAAUAACUAACCCAGACUGCAUUGUGGGUAAUGCAGUCCCUGAGGAAGAAGACUAUAUGGACAACAUCUCCAAGCACUACCUUUUUCCCCCUCUCUUUUGUUUGUUUUUAGCUGCACACAAAUCAGCUGAGUGCUCCUUUAAACACAUUUAAACUUUUUUGGGGGGUUGCCGUUGGUAACCCCAGGGCUCAAGUCAAAAACUUGACAUGUCAGGUUGUAGCUGAAAAAAAAAAAAAGCAACAAUAAAUAAGUGAUGACCCGGCCCGAGGCUUGUUGGCUGCCUGGUUCACAUCUGUAUGUGUGUACACAUAUACAGACACCACCACACACAUACGCACUGAUGACACACACACACACACACACACAGACCUCUGCUCAAGCACAAAAGGGCACAUGUAAGAUGACACACAUGCAUGCAUGCACGCUGACACACCUCCGCGGAGACCAACGAUGGCGCCCUGUGAAUAGAAUCAACUCCAGUUGCAUGAUGGGAAACUUUAUUCUGCCAGCACGUGUCUCUUUGAUGUUACUUGCUGUUUUGUUUUGGGGGGAUUUUCUCCUUCUUCCCUGUUUUUACUUUCAAAGCUAUGUAACGACAGCUCAUCUGUGUUUUCUGUUGUUUCCAAAAGGCUUGUGAAUACGUCAUCUGUAACCAAUACGAAUGUAGUGAACACAGAACUCGCAUGAGAGAAUUAUUUUCUACCGAGGAUGUUUCUAAUUUGUUUCUUAUCAUUAUCGAUUGUUCUUUAAUGAGGAUGAAGUGGAACUGGAAUGCAGCCUGAUUGUGAUCUGCUUCCUAUUAAAAGGACAUUUGUGUCACAACCCAA